AUGGACUACGAGACGCUCAAAGAGCAAUGGAGCGAGGUGGAAGAGCGCGACGGCUUGCGAUUGAGCUGGAACGUCUUCCCCAGCUCACGCAUGGAAGCAUCGAGGCUUGUAGUUCCAAUUGGGGCUCUCUAUACACCAUUGAAAGAAAAGCCAGAUACGCCGCUCCUCCAAUUCGAGCCAGUAACUUGCAAGCAGCCUUGCCGCUCUGUCCUCAACCCUUUUUGCCAGGUUGACGUCCGAGCCAGAGUUUGGAUAUGCCCCUUUUGUCUCUCUAGAAACCAGUUGCCUCCGCACUACAAAGAUAUCACCGCCAAUGCCAUUCCGCCGGAAUUACAUCCUGCCAAUACCACAAUUGAAUAUCGUCUAUCACGACCGGCCCCCUCUCCCCCGAUCUUUCUAUACGUUGUCGAUCUCUGUCAGGAAGAGGAUGGCCUCUCGUCGCUGAAGGAGUCACUCGUCAUGAGCUUGAGCUUGCUGCCUGAAAAUGCCCUAGUCGGCCUCAUAACUUUCGGCACUAUGGCUCAAGUGCACGAAAUUGGAUAUGAGGGCUGCGCUAAGUCGUACGUGUUUCGAGGUAGCAAAGAUUACAGCGCAAAGCAAGUCCAGGAAAUGCUGGGGCUGUCCUCUUCUGGUAUUCGUCCUGGGGGCCAGCCUCAGCCUGGACGCCCCGUGCCAAUGGGUCCUGCUUCGAGAUUCCUCCUUCCAGUCCAGCAAGCUGAGUUUCCGCUCACAAAAGCUCUGGAGUCGCUUCAGAAGGAUCCUUGGCCCACGGCGAACGAUAGGCGAAGCCUUAGAUGUACUGGAGUGGCAUUGAGUGUUGCCGUUGGCCUCAUGGAAUCAUCGUUCCAGAACGCGGGUGGCCGCAUAAUGUUGUUUGCCGGUGGUCCUGCAACCGAAGGGCCUGGCAUGGUGGUAGGACCUGAACUCCGCGAGCCGAUCAGGUCACAUCAUGAUAUUGAUCGCGACAAUGUGAAAUAUUAUAAGAAAGCCUUGAAGUUUUAUGAUAACUUGGCUAAACGCACAGCACAUAAUGGGCACAUCAUUGACAUUUUUGCUGCAUGUUUGGACCAGGUUGGACUUCUGGAGAUGAAGGGCCUGUGCAAUUCUACAGGCGGUCAUAUGAUUCUUACGGAUAGCUUCACAAUGUCGAUGUUCAAGCAGUCGUUCGUUAGAAUCUUUGAAAAGGACGGCGAUGAAAACCUUUUGAUGGGCUUUAAUGCUGUAAUGGAGGUGCUAACUACGAAGGAGUUGAAGGUUACUGGCUUGAUUGGGCAUGCCGUGUCGCUAAACAAAAAGUCCGUCUCGGUGGGUGAAACAGAAUGUGGCAUCGGCAACACAUGUUCAUGGAAAAUGUGCGGCAUCGACCCGCAAGCAAGUUACGGCAUAUACUUUGAAGUCGCCAGCCAGGGCCCUGCAUCCCACCAGCAGACACCACAAAAAGGCAUGAUGCAGUUCUUGACAUACUACCAGCAUUCCUCUGGGCAAUUUCAUCUUCGUGUCACCACUGUUGCGCGAAAUUUGAGCGGCCCAGCGGGUGAUCCAGCGAUCGCCCAAUCAUUUGAUCAAGAAGCCGCAGCUGUGCUGAUGUCUCGAAUUGCGGUAUUCAAGUCUGAAGUUGAUGAUGGACCGGACGUGCUUCGAUGGGUUGACCGGAUGCUCAUCCGCCUGUGCUCGAGGUUCGCGGAUUACAGAAAAGAUGAUCCGUCUUCGUUUAGACUGGAGAAGAACUUCACUCUGUACCCACAGUUCAUGUUUCAUCUUCGAAGAAGCCAAUUCUUGCAAGUAUUUAACAACUCACCCGAUGAAACCGCGUUUGACAGACAUGUCCUGAAUCACGAAGAUGUGGGCAACUCCCUCAUCAUGAUUCAGCCAACCCUGGACUCGUACACUUUCGACCAGGAAGGUGGACAGCCUGUUUUACUCGAUUCGGCCUCAAUUCAACCGACUCAUAUUCUGCUUUUGGACACAUUUUUCCAUAUUCUCAUCUUCCAUGGAGAGACAAUUGCAGAGUGGCGGAAGGCGGGCUAUCAAGACCAAGAGGGUUAUGAGAACUUUGCCGCAUUGUUAGAACAGCCAAAGGAAGAUGCCAGAGACCUGAUUACUGAUCGAUUCCCCUUACCGCGGUUCAUUGUCUGCGACGCCGGUGGUUCACAGGCACGAUUUCUGCUGUCGAAGUUGAAUCCUUCCACGACUCACACCACUGGGCCAUAUGGUGGUGGAGGAACAGCCUCGGCCCAGACCAUAUUCACCGACGACGUAUCAUUGCAGACUUUUAUGGAUCACCUGAUGAAGUAA